AUGGAACAGGCUGGCGGGAGAUUUGCGAGCGGUCUUAUUCUUCCUCCACCGGAAAUCAAGUCUGUUAUUGACAGAACUGCCGUAUUUGUUGCACGCUCGGCCAAUCCACCCCAAUUUGAGGAUAAAAUACGCGAAGGCCAGCGUUCCGACCCCAAGUUCUCCUUCCUCAAUCCAGCGGACCCAUAUCAUGCUUACUAUCGGGACAAAAUGGACAAGGUCUUGCAAGGAGACAUGUCUGGUGAACCAACUCAAGAAAAAGAAAAAAAAGGGACAGAGAAUGGAGCAAUGGAACCUCAGAUCUUGGAUAUUGGACUGGAGCCUCCCGCCCCAGUAUUUAUCAUGGACAUGCCAAAUAUCACUUCAAUUGAUCUCGACAUCAUGAAAAUGACCGCCCUUUUCACCGCUCGUCGAGGACACAGUUUUCUCAAUUCGUUGACCAUGCGAGAAGGUCGCAAUUACCAGUUUGACUUCCUACGCCCCCACCACUCCCUCUUUGGCUAUUUCAAUCGGUUGGUGGAGCAGUACACCAAAGUCUUAUUCCCUGACAAGGAGAUGCUGGAACAGUUGAAGGGUCGCACUUCUGAGGGGUCGCGAUGGAGGACUCUGGAAAUUGCCAAACGAUAUGCCAAGUGGGAAAGAACAAAGCGUGAAAAGGAUAAGAAACGCCAAGAUGAUCAGGAGGCUGAACGAAUUGCAUUUGCGGAAAUUGACUGGCAUGACUAUGCUAUCGUUCAAACGAUCGAAUUCACGGCCGCGGACGCAAAUACGGAAUUGCCACCACCUAUGAACGUGCAAGAAGUCGAGAGCAUGACUCUUGCGCAGAAGAGAAUGGCCGCGAUGAUUAUGGAAAAUACUGUAGAUGAUGUUGAGGCGCAUAGAGCUCGGCAGGCAGCAGCAGAGGCAGAGGCAGCAGCAGCAGUCGGAAAUGCUGGCAUUGGAGGAGGCGACGAUGAUGCUGCUAUGGAGGAGAGUGAUGACGAGGGUGAAGCAGAAGAACGUAAGCGUCGUGAGGAAGAGCAGAGACUUCGGGAAAUUGAGAGAGCCAAGGCAAUGCAAGCUUCGUCAAAUACGGCUGGGCCCAUGAAGAUUCGGACAGAUUAUGUUCCUAAACUCGGCUCAAAAAACUCCAAGACCGCGGUGACUACCUGUUCAAUCUGUGGGCAACAAAUACCCGUCGACGAGCUACAGGAACAUAUGCGUAUUGAACUCCUUGAUCCUCGUUGGAAGGAACAGCGAGAUGCAUUGGAAGCACGCAAGGCACAGUCUUCGGAAUUGCAGCGAGGCGCCAAUGUUGUCUCUUCAUUGAAGAACCUUGCACGGACUCGUGUGGAUAUUUUCGGUGCAGAAGCGGAUGAAGAACGUCGUAAGAGGGAGCAGGAGGAGGAGCGUGAGCGGCGGAAAGAGAGGGAAAAGGUCGUUUGGGACGGUCACACCAAUUCCAAGGCCAACACCCUCGACAAAUACUCCACCAACGUUAAUUUCGAUGAACAGAUUGCUGCUAUUCACCGCGCAAAAGGACUCGGACCGCAAGAGGCAAAUGCCAUUGGCCCUGGUAUAGGCCCUGCUGCCGUCCCUCCACCUCUAACAUCACUGCCGCCAGCGCCAGCUUCUCUACCCGCACCGCCUCAAGGUUCAGGUAGCGCAUCUUACUCUACGGCCACUGUGUCAUCAGGCCCUCAACCAGCCUCAAUGUACCAGCCACCACCGGUCAUGCUGCCUCCCCUCCAUUAUCAGGGUAUGGAUGCCGCGCAGCCAUUCGGGUACCAGCCGCCUCCAUCCGGCGUGCAUCCAACCAGAAUGGCGGCAUUGGCCGCCGCUAACAGUACGCUGCAGGCUCAAGCCGGGAUGGUUCGGUCUGCGGAUGAAAUGGAGGGUGUUGUUGAUGAAAUUCCGCCAGCUAAACGUCAAAGGGUUGCCAAGGUACCUGGCAGUCAAAUGUAUUCGGAAGACGAUUGGAUCACGAUGCAUCCGUAUCCCAUAUCGCUGCAAGUACAAUUUCCCCAUGAUACUUCGAAACCAGAGUGGAAACUUGAUGGUUCUACUGUCACUAUUCCUGAUCUUCCGUUGAAUCUCUUGGUUUCAACGCUACGUGACCGUAUUGUCCAGCAUACCGGCAUCUCAGUACCCAUAUCUAGGAUUAGGUUGUCGUACGCCGGAAAGAUGCUUACCAACUCUAGCUCAAUAGCGGUCUACAAUAUGGAGGAUGAGGAGUUGCUUAUGCUUAGUGUCAGUCCGGCGAAGAAAAAGUGA